UCAACAUUUCAAUUAAUUAUUGACCCUAAGCUAGGCAGGGGUAUUGAAACACGAUGAGUUCAACUUCUCAAAAGCACAGAAAUUUUGUUGGUGAGCCCAUGGGUGACAAAUGUGUUACAGAUGUAGCUGGAAUUGGUAAAGUAUAUGGUCAAAAACUUUGUGACAAAGGUUUUGAUAAAGCAUAUGUACUUCUUGGACAGUUUUUGUUGCUCAAGAAAGAUGAAGAAAUGUUCAGAGAUUGGUUGCUAACUGAAAUUAAAAUGAGAGAUAGAGAUGCUAUUAAUUGUGCAUCAUGUUUGAAGGAAUGGUCUGAUGCAUUUCUGUGAACACUAUCAACUAACUGCUUUUAUUUAACUCAUGGUUUGCUAGGCAUAAUUCAAAUAGGCUAUUGAAAAAAAAAGAAUUUAUUCAAAAGAGUUUGAACAAAUUAACAUUCACAACAAUUAAUUUACUGGUAUUCCAUUUGUUAUCUGACAAACAUAUUUUAUUGGUGAUUGUCUUCAAUUAGGAUUACAUGCAAAAGUAUUUUUCAACUACCGGUAUGUGGUUUUCUGCUGGUGGAUCUCUUAGAUACGAGGAUUUACUAGUAGAAGUGGUUCAAGAAUUGACCGAGGGAAUACCGGUAUAAAAAUAUUAAGCGAGAUAGUUUCAUGUCGUGUUGAUAUUUCUAGCAAUCCUUUCAUCAUGAUAUCUGCCAUAAGUGCCAUAUUUGAAUCAUACUUUCUGGGUUACAAUUUUUUUUUCUGUUCUAUGUAUGUAUGUAAUAUCCUAUUUUUUGAUCAUUGUUGCAUCUUCCGCAUUCAAAUUCAUCAAAGGCAUAGUUUGGAAGCAAAUCAGGAGACAUGCAAAUAAAGUAUAAAUAUUUGAACCCCCCCUUCCAUGACUAAAAGUUAGCAGGGCAUUUUUUUUAUGCAAUUGGCGAGUGUGCCAAAAAACCUCAAACUUUGUUGAUAUUCUCUUUACUUGUCACUAGGUCAACCAUAUCCUAUUAAAUAAGUGUAUCAAUUUGAUUAAACUGAAAUCGAACUCACUUACACAAAGUAAUUUUCAAAAUAAAUUAACCAGGUAAAAUUGCAAUUUCACAUUGCUUUAUAUUAUUACAUCAAUAUGAUUGUCUUUACUUUCUUGUUAUGUUGUUGGUAUUGAAUGAUAAAUUUUUUUCGAUUGUGUUUGGGACCCGGUAGUCAAUGAUCAGAAAUUUGCUUUACAUAUUUUAAAAGAGCUCAAUUUUUAAAUGCAAUUCUGCUUUACUUAGCUGCUGUUUACUACACUUUCUAUAUGUAAAAAAUAUUACCGUACUUCAAAAUUUUCUUCGGCCUAUAUAUUUUAUUGAAAUGUCUAUUUUUGAAUGAGAAUAUUGCUGUUAUUUGUAGUUGUUAAAGUGUGAUGCUUGUCUUUCAUUACUCUAUUCCAUCGUCACUAUUUUUGAAAAGUGUAACCAUGUAUAAGCAAUCUAUAGCCCUAAAUCAUCUCCUUGGUUAUAAAAUAUUAAAACCAAGAAAAAGCAUGAACUGGGAUCAUGUAGGGGGAAUGUCCCUGUUUUUCUCUCGCUAGUUUUCCGCUUGCUCAAUAUUGAGGCUAAAAUCGCACUGAUUACAGUUUUAAAUUACCGGUUCUUAUUUACGUAAGUGUACUACAGAUACAGGCAUCCCUUUUUGAACAAAGUUUUUUCUUGUUGAUUUUGUUUACUCGUCGAUUAUUUCUGCAUGUUGAAUUAAUAAUUGAUUUGUUUGAAAAUGCAUUUUGCACCUGUUCGCUGUUCAUAUGAAGAAGUUUUGGGAUGACUGGAUAUUGUCUCUAAUCCAGUGUUUCCCAACCUUUUUUGGUCGCUGACUUUUUUCUUACCAGGGAAAAUCUUUGCGGACUCAUUGUGCGUUAAUUGUAAACCCGACCUUUGUGUGAAGAAGCAACAAAAU